ACAAAAAAAUCAUUUGUUUAGGUGUUUUUAUUCUUUGGUUUAUGGUUUGAAUGUUUUCAUUUGGUUAAACUUUUGGUCAUUGUUUAGUGUAGAUUGUCAAUACAAACGUCAUAAUGUCUCUUGUAGAAUUUAUCUCAGCUGCAUGUGAAAACCUUCGUGAAGCUAUAAGUGGUGUGCAAGAUGAAAAUAAAUCUAACGAAGCGAUUGAAAAUCACAUUAAAUUGUGCCUCUCAAGGAAGUUCGUAGUUGACGAUUUUCCUACUGGGGUGGAGUGGUUCAAUGUGGACAAGCCCUUGUCUCUGGAGGACUUGCAAGGAAAACUUGUGGUUCUCGACUUCUUCACGUAUUGCUGCAUCAACUGCGUGCACAUCUUGCCUCACCUGAAACGCUUGGAGGACAAGUUCUUCCACUGCGGUCUGGUUGUGGUAGGUGUCCACAGUGCCAAGUUCGACAAUGAGAAGGACUCGAGCAACAUCCGGGCUGCAGUCCAGCGAUACAGCAUCACACACCCUGUGGUGAACGACAGUGCUGCAGUCAUGUGGAACAGCUUGGGGAUACCGUGCUGGCCAACACUGCUUGUUCUUGGUCCGAAGGGAGAAGCCCUGUACAUUCUGAUGGGAGAGAGGAACAUUGGUGAGCUGUCGAGGUUCGUGGAGUUUGCCUUGGCGUACCUGAGUGAGUCCGGGCAGCUGGACCACGAGCCGCUACCUCUGGCGGAGAACGGACACGUGGGAGCCAAGGACAAAGAGCCCGGCUUCGCGCUGUGCUUCCCCGGCAAGGUGGCGUGUGGCUACAAGUACCAGGACGAGCUGAAGGAGCUGCUCGCAGUGGCCGACACCGGCAACCACCGAGUGGUCGUCGCUGGCACCAACGGACUGAUCGAGGCUGUGGUUGGAGGCCCCGAACCAGGAUUUGUGGAUGGAAGCUACUCUGAAGCAAGAUUUGACAGUCCGCAGGGUUUGGUGUUCUUCAAGCCACAUCUGAUAUACGUUGCAGACACCCUGAAUCAUGCCAUUCGAGAGGUGGACCUUAGCCUGAAGCGGGUCAGGACGCUCUGUGGCACAGGCGUGCAGGGCAGUGACCUCGCAGGGGGCGGGAACGCCAGGCAGCAGGCCCUCUCCUCGCCCUGGGACCUGGCGGUGGUGCCGGGCGUGGUGGUGCGUGACCACCAGCUGGUGCUGAUCGCCAUGGCCGGCACGCACCAGGUGUGGGCGCUGUGCUGUGCCACCGCCCCUGAGUUCUGGAAGGGCAGGAUGCACCUGGCCGGAGACUGCAUCGCGCUGGCCGGCAGCGGGCGCGAGGAGAACAGGAACAACUCUUAUCCUCACGCUGCAGGCUUCGCCCAGCCCUCAGGCCUUGCGUACAGCCCCCAGCACGACACUGUCUACAUUGCCGACAGCGAGAGCUCGUCCAUCCGCCAGCUGUCCUUGGCCACCGGCAAGGUGUCCGCCCUCGUUGGCGGGGAUGUCGACCCCCACAACUUGUUCUGUUUCGGAGACGUGGAUGGGGUGGGGAGCACGGCCAGACUGCAGCACCCGCUGGGCGUGGUGUGGAACGAGGGCGACGGUCGGCUGUACGUGGCUGACUCCUACAACCACAAGCUGAAGGUCGUGGACGUGGGUACAUGGUUGUGCUCCACCGUGCUGGGGUCUGGUGCCCACGGCAAUGCCUGUGGCAGCUACGCUGACCCAGCCAAUGUUCAGUUGAACGAGCCAGGAGGGUUGUGCACAAGCCACGAUGGUAAGAGGCUGUACAUCGCAGACACAAAUAACCACUGCAUCAAAGUUGUUCACCUGGAGGAUAAAAGAAUUGAACAGUUGGAAAUGUUCGAGGCGCCAUACAGUAGCAGAGGGUACCACUCGCUGCUGCCUUCAGAAAUAAGUGUGAGCACAGAGGGUGGCUCCGUGCAUCUCACCGUCAACCUCACUCUCAGCAACGAGUACUCCCUCACUCCGUCUGCUCCGCAGAAGUGGGUCGCAUGGAUGGCAAACACGGGCUGCAGCAUGAAGAGUCGUGUGGGGGCGUACCAGCCCUGCACGUCCUUCAGCCUGCAGGUGCCGCCGGGCACGGCCGGCAGGGCGAGGACCGUCCACAUCGACUACGUGCUGUACCUGUGCUGCCGCGCCGACUCCUGCGCCCAGACGGUGCUGCGCCUGCCGGUGCGGCUGGUACAUGAGGCAGGCGGGCCCCGGGAGGUGUUCCACGCUGUGAGCCACGUGUACGGCGAGGCAGGCGUCGUCUCGGAGAGCAAGAACCUGCUCACCGACACCCGGCUGCUGGACGCCCUCAGCAUCUCAUAACCUGCUCUAUCUGCCGGGAGACUUGUCACUGCUUCUGAUCUCCGAUCAGGAGGAACAAUUGUGAACCUGGAAAUGUAAUGCUGUUACAGAACAACAGUUGCAUUAUUGUAUCAAAAACCAGCCUGGGAGAAAAGUUGUUAAAGGUAUUGAAGUUAAAAAAAAAUAAAUAAA